AUCGGUCUACGAGUUCAUUAGUCAAAGGAUAAUACCUUAACUCUAAUAUAGCAAAAAUGACAUUCCUUUUGUAAGGCAAUAUAUUCUUCAACUAUUGUUGUAACUAAGAUUAAUUAAGAGGUAAUAUUUACUCAGUGCUGGGAUUGAAAGCCAUAGAUGUCGCCAGGAUCCGAAUUCUACCCGCUACAGAAGCGCAAGGGACAACCCGGAAUGAAAUGAGGAUACUACCGGGACCCGGAACUCUUACCGUGUAACGCCAGGGUCAGGUAACUAGGCAACAGCGGGAGUCUGGGCCCAGAUUUGGAGGAUGUUCAGGAGAAGUGGACUGGGGAGUUCUGCUCUGGCAAGAGCCCAGGCUCAGCUCUCUGGACAGAGAAUAUCAGGAAUCUUCGAAGAUUCUGGGGACGAACUGCGGGAAUAUAUGAGCGCACUGUAUAAGAAAAACAAUACCCUGAGAGUUAAUCCAUUCAACUUGCAUGAAAUUAGUGACUUGAGUGAUUUUUCAACAGAGGAUACUGUAGACAAAGAAUGGAAGGAGAAUCAAUAUUCAAAAACUGCAGCCACUGUAAUGCCAGUAGAAGGCAUCAGGGAGCUGACAUUGACAGGCAGUCGAUUUUUGAAGAAACCAAACAAACUAGCAGUAUCACAAAGUCCUACAAUGAGCAAGAGCGUGUUGAAGAAAGCUAAUGAGAUGAACACAAGAAAACCGAGUACUGCCUCUGUGUUGAGCAGAUCCUCCAGUGCUGCACUUGCCAGACUGGCACAAAUAGAAAGCAGAAUCAUGAACAGAAGACUGAAUGCACACACGAUCGAUUCUGAUGAGUAUUUGUGCAGUUCUGAUGAAAAGCAGAUUUCACCCAAGUCAAGCAGUGAGUUAAGUGGAAAAGGGAGCAGGUUCUUGAAGAGAACAGCAAAUACUGCAACAAAGCAGGAGACCAAUGUCAGGGAUCUGAAGAAAGAAAUUGGAUCUUCAAAGAAAAACCAGCAGAAUGGACAUCCUAGAUCUCCAGGCAAAGUGGUUAUGGUCAACAGUGAUGAGGAGGAAGUAAAAAUGCUAGGAGGCUCCUUUAAACUUACUGAUGAAAGUGAACUUACAAAACAAUCACACAAGACUGCACAACAUGGUUCCAAAUUACAUAACCAGUCUAUCAUGAGAAACCACCAGAGGAGCCCUUUGAGAAUGCCCUCACCACCCAGUGUGGGCACCCCUCUGAGUCAGUCUCCACGGAUGAAGUUUGUAAAACGGCGUCCAUUUUCCCCAUCUGAACAAAGUGAGAUUAAAUCUCUGGAUGAGCUCUUCACUGAGCCCUCCGUUGCUGAUGAUCUGAAAAAUCUUGACAGUGAAUCCUCUAAUGACUUCAGGCUAAAUAUCUUGACUUUGGAAGAUUUGGUGCCAACUGUAGAACAAAAGAUGAAAAAAGAAGCACCAACUCUGAAGAAUGAAGAGAACCAGCUUUCUGAUGAUCAGACCAUACAAUCGACUUUUUGCACCACCAGGCUACAUAUGGCAGAUGAGCCAGCCAGUCCAGAUACUCAACCUAGCACACUGUCAAGAGAGAAAGAUGCAAGUGACCUUGAAAGUGAUAUAAUGACAGAAAGUGCUGGAAGUGAAAUCACUGAACAUUUAUCAAGGAAGGAAAAACAUUUUCCAGAGAAGCUGCAGGAGCAAUUAAAAACAGAUGAUGAGAGCACUCUGUGUUCCGAAUACUCAGAGGACUUUGAAAAUUCGGAUUCUGAAGGUGCCUCAGUAAAAAGAGACCAGAGCGAAUCAUGUGCUGAGAGGUCAUCUAAGGAGGACUUAAAGACAGAUUACUCUGAUAACAGCCCUUUCCAUUCAACAUCCUCAACUCCAAGUCCAACUCCAGAUCAGUCCAAGUCCACAGCAAGCUCUGAAUCUCUCUAUUCAUUGGAAAAGAAGGAAGUGUCGGGAUUGACUAAAGUGACUGUAAGAGAUACAGCGAUACAGACUCAACCGUCUGGAAUGGCCUACACAUGGUCCAAAGAGGAAGGUGUUGCAGUCCUUGGAACAUCUCUUGGAGCAACAUAUGUGGAUCCCACCCCUAUUGCUAGUCAUGUUAUUAGCCCUGAUGCAAUGGAAGCAUUGACUGCAUACAGUCCUGCUAGCUUUGCUCUGAAUGAUAUGCUGAAACAGCAGCUCAGUCUAAUUCGCCAGUUUGUGCAAGUCAGUCGGCAUCUCUACUUGUCUGUUGUGGCCUCAAUAGAACAGGACAAUUACCAUUACACAACCUUGGAAGAAGCAAAAGAGUUUAUCAGAAGUCAUAGGUCACCACCACUUACUUUGGAUGAGGCCUUGGAAGAGGUGCGGCAGGAAAUGAAACAAUAUCACUGCAUAUGAUGACGAACAAGGCAGAAAUAAAUACUGCAUUGUUAAUGAUGGAGAAAAGAGCAGCUUCUGCAACUGAUACCCCUAUCAAUGCCUCCUGUAAAGCAUUUAAUAUUCUGAUGCUCACUUAUUAACACUGCUCUUCAAACUGAUUCUGUCUCUUACAAGUGGUCUAAUUCUGCAGUUUAACACACAUUAUCUUACCAUGUACAGGUGGACUCUAUUAUCCCUUGCUAACUCCAAUAUUCAAUAGAAUCUACUUAAUUUUCAGUAUUUUUGCAUUAGUAAUAUUUAUAUGCCUAACAAAGCUUCACUACAAAAUCGUUUCAUGUUGUAACAAGUAUGUAUGAAUUGGUUACUUAGAAUUUAUAUUGGAUGUCCCAAAGUUUUUCAUAGCCAUUUAAUUCCUUUUGAACUGUAGUCACCUUUGUGAAUAUGGUAGCCAUUUUUUUACAAGACUCCAUAGCCAACAAAUAACAUAAUUAACCAACUUACUUCUUUGUGAUAUUGGUUGAAAGAGGAACUUCAUCUAAGAUCUUCAACUGUUCAUAUAGUUCAUAUGCACUCAUCCGAUUAGGCAUCCGGGGCCUCAGGUUUGAAAUCUUGUUUAAAAGUUAUACUCCUGAUGUACAGCAAUCCUUCUGUAUUAUAUUUGUGUUAGCCUGGGUCCUAUGCAGAUUGGGACUUGAAAACAAAUUCAUCUUUCUUAGGAAAGAGCAUCACAGAUCUGAACUAAGCUUACAUUUGAAGUUCUACAUCCAAUGUCCUAGUUUGUAAAUAAAACUCCUGAGUUUGUGAAGUUGGCAACAUUACUGGAUACUGACAAAACUUGGUAUUUUUGAGUAAAAUUUCCUUGUUUGAAAUUCCUCUUCAGACCGGGCAAUUUACAUUCUGGGUAACGAUAAAUGCUGAAAUGUGCUUUAGUUCUUGGACUAAUGAUACAGGGAGAGAUUGAAAACUUUUAAAAGGAAAUUUGGACUUCUAGUAAAUAGUUCAAUGAAUGAUGGAAAAACUUCAUACUUUAAAACAUUUACUGUAACAAACAGACCAAAAACACUAUUGACCAAAGCCACUUUAUUAUGCACCUUGUGGUUGACUACAGAAUGGCAUGUUUAACACAGCCGAUACAAUGCACUUCACUGUCUAGUGAAGUAGACAUUUGACUUCUUUUUUCCUCUCUGGAAACAGUCCAUUAUGAUUAAUUACUCAAAGUUUACUUUGGAACUCUCCUUUCUCAACCUGUUAACUUCUAACCCCAGCACUGUUAAUCAUGGUGAGAGUAUUACUGGAGAUUUAAGCUAGGCACUUCUACCAGAAUUUGGUCUUUUCAGUGUGAGCACAAGCUUUCAUUUGCAUUUUGGAGAUUCCCCCACUUUUCCAGCAUGUUGGAGAUCCCCAGUUUAUCCACUGAUAGCACAGAGGUUAUUACUGUUGUCUCCAAGCGUAAACACCUUGUACCUUCUCCCAGCAAAACAUCGUAUAACCCUUUUAAUCUAUAGCAAUCAAACCACCCACGCUUGCAGGUCAGCUUCAGAGCAGGUUUUCACGAUAAUCUUUGAAAUCUCAUUAUUGUAACAGACAUCUUGCUACAGAUUCAAAAUAAGCUAUGUUUACAGUUGGCAUUACUGAAUCUGUGAAAAUGUCCCAGUACCAGAAGGUAUUUCAAAAGCAAAGGACUGUGGAUAUUUGAAAUAUGAAAUAAAAGGAAAAGAAAAUGCCAUUUAUACUCAGCUG